AUGGAACCCUUCCUUUGUCCAUUCCCAGAUUGCGAUCGCAGUCACGGCAAGGGUUUCACGCGAAAGGAGAACCUCGAAACGCACAAGCGGAGGAGGCACUUGGGGCCGCGGUCGACCGACAAUCGAUCACAGCUGGAAUCGCCAUCAGCUUCUCCGUCGACGUCGACACUUUCAGCAGGACUUCAAGUUGAUGAAUCAAUGGUAGAAGAAGGUCGACUGUGGCUACAGGCGCAUACUCAGUUUUGGUAUGCCCAACUUCGUCAAAGGGACGAAUACAUUCGAGAAUUGGAGGCGAGGCUGGCGACUUUUGCUCCGCUGCACGCGGUCCGGGCUCCUCCAGAAGAUCCAACGUCAGGCCCAGGGCCCUUCUUGCCUGUCCAGUGCCUACCGAGUGCCUGGGAGUGCCUGGGGGUGCCUGGGACUGCCUGGGAGUGCCCAAGUUAA